CACAAUGGAUACUCGACGGGGUUGGGGUACGAGGGCCGCGUACACCUGUUGGAGGACGCCGUGAGCCGAGGUUACGGGCAGGGGAGUAUCAAUUUGACGAACAUCCGGGAGAGCGACCAGGGAUGGUACGAGUGCAGGGUCAUAUUCCCGAACAGGACCCCCAACUCGAGGAACAACGGGACGUGGUUCCACCUCGCCAUAGAUGGUGCGUCGCCGUUUCCGACGUCUGUUCCAGGCGAGACUUUGCUGGCGGUUCCGCCCGUCAACAAGACCGUGAUGGAGGGCGAGUCGGUUGAUUUCGAUUGCGUCGCCAAAGGGGAGAAGUCCAUCGUCACCUGGCUACGCGAGGGGGUGGAGAUUACGGAGAUCGAGGAUUUCAAGAGGAGGGCGUCGAUCGGCGAGGAUGGCACGUUGACGAUCAACUCGGCCGCUAUGGGCGAUCUCGGGGAGUACAGUUGCGUGGUUACCGGCGAGACCGGCGACCAGCAGAGCGCCUCCGCCUUCCUCAACGUGCAAUACAAGGCGAAAGUGAUCUACGCUCCCCGAGAGGUGUACCUCCCGUACGGGAAACCAGCCCUUCUGGAUUGUCACUUCAGGGCGAAUCCGCCCCUGACGAAUCUACGUUGGGAGAAGGACGGAUUUCUGUUCGAUCCGUACAACGUUCAGGGCGUCUUCUACAGGAGGAACGGUUCCCUUUACUUCAGCAAAGUGGACGAAACCCAUUCCGGAAGUUACACUUGCACGCCGUACAACGAGCUGGGCACCGAGGGACCCAGUCCAUCGAUCACCGUGAUCGUGCAGAGGCCGCCUGUGUUCACGGUCACCCCUCAACACUUGUACAUAAGGAAAUUGGGGGAGAAUUUGGAGAUACCCUGCGACGCGAAGGAUGGAGAUCAAUCCCACAGACCGUCGAUCGUUUGGUACAAGGAUGGCUCGCCAAUACCGUUGACCAACAGGACCAUUAUAAUCGGUGGCAACUUGACGAUCGAUAGGAUACAAGAGCAGGACAGGGGAUUGUAUCAAUGCGCGGUGAGCAACGAAGCCGCGACGGUGGUCGCGGACACGGAAUUAAUGGUAUUGAAUGUCCCUCCAAGGGCGCCGUAUAACUUGAGCGCCAACAGCAGCAACAACGCGGUCACGUUGACUUGGGUGCCGGGAUACGUGAGACCCAAGAUGGAAUACUCGGUCUGGUACAGGCCAACCGACACCACCGAGUGGAGAACGAUGAAGAUUUUGUCGAGAAAAAUUACCGAGGCGACGAUAAACAAUUUGAAUCCGGGACGAGAGUACGAGUUCAUGGUGCUUAGUCAGGACAAACACGGGGACGGGAUGUUCAGUAAAACGUUGCGUAUUUUCACCCAACCCAAUUCGUUAGAGGAGAAUUCGGCGUCGGAAUAUCGUAGUCCUCCAGACGAUCGAAUGGGUCCACCGUUGAACGUGAGAGUGCAAGCGACCGUGCAAGGUUAUCUGGUCACUUGGGAGCCGCCUGCUUACGGGAAGGAGCAAGUGAGACUGUACGCCGUUAGAUGGUUCCGUGGGCCGUCCGAGCAAUUGUACGGCAGAGCGGAAACGACCGACACUUACUAUCUGGUAAAAACGCUGGAGGAGGAGAGUUACUACACGUUCGAGGUGGCCGCUAUGUCGAUUUCGGACGACGUGGCAACGAGCGAUCGCGUCAGUCUCGAAGUACCGGCUUACCGUAGAAACAGAGCGAUUUCGAUGGGAAUAGUGGCGGGGAUAGGAUUCCUGGCAGCUGCCCUGGCCGCGAUAUGGUGGGCGAGGAAACGUUUCUGUCAAUCGUCCAACGAAAAAUAAAUAUGGACAGUUAAUGGGUCGAGCGAGGUUAUUCUCCGUUCGAAAUCCGUUUUUUUUUCCUUAAAGUAGCGACAUCGAUAGAUUAAGAAAAGAAGAAGGAGGAGGAGAAGGAGCAGAAGGAGAAGGAGAAAGAGAAGGGGAAGGGGAAGGCAUCUCUCGGCUCUCGGUUAUAACCGUUUUUAUGUAACAUAGGUAUUAUCGAUCGCGUAGAUGGUCGUGGAUGGUCGAGGGGAGGGAUGGGGGACUAUUUGAACGCUGCAAAAAGUUUCUUCUCUUUAUGUACAUCGUUUACGUAGAUAUAAGUUACGACUAAUACGAGUGUUCUUGCGUUGCAUCGUGUCACAUUAUGUAUCGUUUAAAAGCUUUAUUAGAUAAGUGCACGUUUAUUAAGGAUUAGAUCUGGCAUUUGUUCAUUAUUCGGAGGUAUACACGGAGCCGUGAGGAGCAUAGGGGUUCUUAACCCGACGCGACGGCCGUUAAUACGUAACGGCCAACCAACGUCUCUCCCAUACUAGAUAAUACUCGGCUAAACUGUACACGUAUAUGUAUACAUCCGAUAUGUUUUUCUAUUGUAAAUAAAUUGUGUCGAUUAC